GUCACUUACAGUAAGGCGCUUGAAUUUAGCGAUUUUAGAAUCUUUUGGUUCUAGGGUUUCAUCAUUGUCUUCCCUCCGCGCCCAUAAGCUCGAAGCUGAGCUUUUUCUUCAGGGAAUAGGAACACCAAUCAUCAUCUGCAUCCUCAGGGAGAUAAAUAUGAGUACUACAGCUCACAGGACUCCAAAAUCAGGGAGGCAGUCUCUGCUUUUUCAAGAUUUAGCUUCUCCUGUUUCAGCACGGAGAGGGAAAUUCUCAAGCCCGGGACAAGCAGCUGCUGUAUCUGCACUAUGGCGUGAGAAUUUCGGAGGAUCAGAUCUUCCACCACCUCCAAUGUAUACUUUGGAUGACCGGUCUGAUUUCUCUCCUGAGUCAGGUAUUGCAGACUACUCAGCGUCUCCAGAUGCGAAAUCUGACAAGAGAACGCCUUUCCAGAGUUCUGGGAAAAAUAUUGUAACUCCUGGUAAAGGGAAGUUGGAAGCAAGCCCGUCUUUUUCUCUACUGAAUGCACAACAGAGUGGGAGUCCGAGUUGGUGGUCGCAGUCAAAGGCUGGUGGUAGUAGUAGUAUGGAGCAGGAUGAUAAAGGGAAGGGAUCUCCUGUUGAAGGUGUGGUUCAGCCUGGUGCAUUGGUUACUCUUCCGCCGCCAAGAGAAGUUGCUAGGCCAGAGGUUCAGAGGCAGAUCAUACCUACUGGAAACCUUGAUGAGGAAGAGUGGGUCACUGUCUACGGAUUUUCUCCAGGUGAUACAAAUUUGGUACUACGGGAGUUUGAAAAGUGUGGUAUGAUCUUGAAACAUGUUCCUGGUCCAAGCAAUGCCAACUGGAUGCACAUCCUUUACCAGAACCGGUCUGAUGCACAUAAAGCGCUGAACAAAGGUGGGAUGAUGAUAAACGGAGUGGUAAUAGUAGGAGUGAAGCCAGUAGACCCGAUACAGAAGCAAGCGUUAAACGAGAGACUCAACAACCAAGGAUUCACGCCUCUACCUCCACCAUUAUCCACCAGAGACACUGCUCGACCCUCAUCUCGUCUUCAGUACUUGCAAAACGGUAGCGCUUUCUCCCCUCAAACCAGCGGUGGUGCUAUGGCCUCCCCAUCGAGGUCGAUGGUCGCAAAGGUCUACGACUUGAUGUUCGGUGUUUAAAGCUUCUUUGGUUGUCAUUUCCCUAGUGGCUCAUCUAUACACAAGAUUAUUUGAAGUUUUUGAGAGCAGAGUGGGUAGGUAAAUUUAGAGCGUGAUCAAAAUUCAAAUUGUGAGAGGUGUUUUCCAAAAAUUGUCUUUGUAUUGACCGACAGCUAAAAUUCGGUACAAAUCUGAUUAUGAAAUAUAUAAAAAAAUCUUCUCUUCUAGCUGUUUUA